CAGAUUGUCAUUCAAUUCUUUUUUUUUUUUUUUUUUUAAGAGAUUUUAUGACCUGGUAACUAAGACCUUUAAGUCAUGUCUUAUUUUACUUUAUAUUCUUAAUUUUAUGAAAAAUGAUAAUAUGGAGUGAAAUGAAAUGAAGAUGAUUAAUUUGAGACAUUAAUCAACUGGAAUGAAAUUUAAUGAAAUUAAAUGAUAUGGGAUGAAAUAUAAUCGCAGUAAAAUGGUGGUCAUUUACUGAGAUUUUUUCAGUGGACUUUUUGGAGGAACCUGAGAAGUUACGUCCAGCAGCUUUGUUUCAUUUUCCCACAUUUGUGCACUUUCACAGAUAUUAAACAGUUAAUAAACCACCAUUAUUACACAUUUAAACCUGAAGAAACACUAAAUAGACAAAAUAAAACAAAUCACACAACUUCACUCCUCGCGUUCCCGCCAAAAAGUCCUCAUUCAAUUCAUUUUCGGAAUAAAACGCAGAUUAUCAAAAAAAAAAUUCAAUUAAAUAGCACAAAGAGGAUUAAUAUAACAUUUAGUGCUACUCUUCUUUGUUUUUUAUAGGUCUCAAAAGUCCUCGUGCUUUGAAUUCCAAAUCAGUUUGAAUGCGGAAGCAAGUAAAAGUUGUUUUAGCUAGGAUUUGUCAGAUAUGCUAUAUAUUUAAAAUGACUGUAAAACAACCUGUGAACCAUUACCACAACUGUUAAAUUUCCAACAAUAUUUCAAUACGCGAUACUUACUGAGGAAACGUUAAGUGAAAGAGCUGAAUUUGGUUUCUGUGGCAGAGAAACAGCGCGGAGGCUCAAGCUUCGCUAGAAGUAAUAGUGUUCUGUGGGCUCAAGCCAGUUUGCCUCGGCUCACACCGAGAAUCACUCGUGUUUAAUGUAAUGUUUUUACGUCAAUUCGUUAGAAAGGCGUAGUGUUGUGCCCAUAAUGAAAGUGUUUAUUUUUUGUUUAUUUAUUUUUAUUAACAUCAGUAAUAAUGGAAAAGCAUCGUUGGAGAGUUUCGCUCCGAUGGCGACGAACCUCCUUUUUGAAGACACCACCAAGAAUACGGAUCGAUCGUGUCACCGACCUUGCAAGUUCAACGUGAAACCGAGACGAUGUCAGUACAAAAUUAAUAUCGAACCAUCCAUAAUGGAAGAUGGAACUCCUGCACUAACCAUGAAUGGAUUAAUCCCGGGACCUCCAAUUGUCGCUUGCGUCAAUGAUAUAAUAAUAGUGGAAGUGACCAACAGAAUCCCGGGCCAGGAUCUAGCGAUUCAUUGGUAUGGUAUAGAACAAAAAGGAACACCUUAUAUGGAUGGUGUUCCUAUGAUAACACAAUGUCCCAUAAGUUACGGAAUGACAUACAAAUACGCUUUCAGGGCUUCGUCUCCUGGUACUUUCUUCUAUCAUGCAGACUCAGUUACUCAUCAAAGCGAUGGACUGUACGGGUCUCUGAUAGUCAAUCAACCUCAACCUCUGGAGGCUCAUUCGAAUUUGUAUGAUUAUGACAGGAGCGAAGAAACAACGGUUCUUAUUGCCGCCAAAUUCGAUCACUUCAUUACCGGGAAUCUCGAAGACUUAAGUCGUUUGAAACCGUAUUCUCUAAUUGUGAAUGGCAAUGAAGAAAGUUCUAAAUUCUUCGUACUACCAGACUACGCGUACAGAUUGAGGCUUAUUAACGCAAUUGCUAUUGAAUGUCCCAUUGUAAUGAGCAUUGAUAAACACGAUGUUGUGAUCAUUGCCACCGACGGAGAACCAGUCAAGCCUGUAUCCACGAGAAAGGUUCAACUGUAUCCGGGUGAACGCAUGGAUGUCGUGGUUAGAGCAGACCAGCCAAGCAACGGAUACUGGAUAAGAAUCAGCGGACAAGGAGUCUGUGGCGGACUCAGUAGCAAAUCUAUGCUCAUAUACUCUGGAUUCAACUAUACUUCUAUGUUACAAAAUCAGGAUGAAAAAUUGCAAGACACCGAAUUGGAUGAAAAUACGCCAGCGUUAAAUGGACAAGCACUGGAAUCGAUUCGCGACGAUUCUUUCAGUUCCGAUAUUAAAUCGAUCUAUUUAUCGAUUGACAGAAAGAAGCCUGUUAAAGAGGAAAAUGAUUUCAGAUACAUCAGUGAUGCUAUUCCAAAGAAGGCUUACUAUCCAGCUCCACUAUUUCUUCAAGACAAAGGUGUAGUACAAAUAAAUGAGAAGAGUUUUCUUUACCCGAACGCUCCAAUUUUACUGAAGCCUCGGGAAAUUAAAGACAAUUUGAUUUGUAACGUCGGGGAUGAGAGCAAGCAAUUGGAAAUACAAUGUAUACAGACGGUGGAAGCUGUCGUUGGAGAUAUGUUGGAGAUAGCUUUAAUUAAUGAAGGAAAUGGAAGUGAUGAAUCCUAUACUUUCCACAUGCACGGUUUUGGCAUGAAGGUGCUAGCAACGGGACAUAGCCAAGAUGGAAAUCCCUUGACGAAAGAGAAGUUUAUUCAAUUGGACAAGGAGGGGAAACUAAUGAGGAAUCUACAGAGCCCUCCUAUCAAAGACACGAUAUCCGUUCCUAAUAAGGGUUUCGUAAUAGUCAGGAUCAAACUAAACCGCGGAGGUAGUUGGUUACUCGAAUGUAGAGCUUGUUCUGUUUCGUCUCUACCCACAGCAGUCCUGAUAAACGUUCCACAGGCAUUACCCACAUCCAUUGUGGAUUCAUUACCAAAGUGUGGCAGCUAUAGACCUCCCGAUGUUUUACUUAAUUAGUACCAAAAGACUGAUAAUUUAUUGUGCUCGAGAAUGAUUAGUAAGUGCCUUAAUCGGUUUUUACUGAAAUUUGUAAUAUUUAAGAAUGGAUGUGAAUUUAAGUUAUUCUAUACAUCUUUUACUUUAACUAAACAAAUGUAACUUAAUAUAUGACGAUAUCAUUGUGAUAUCAAUUUUAUUUUACCUUCUAAAUUUAUCGGACUCUGAGAAUUGAAAAAAAAUUAAGUGGUUUUAGUGCAACUCAAAAAUACUCAAAUAUAAAAUAAUUAUAUUUGUGAUGUGAAUUACUAGAUCGAAUGUAAGGAAUUCUAAUUUAAGGUUGAUUUUUUAUUUUUAUAAAUUUAAUAUAACUAACUAUUUACCUAUGAGUGUAGAUCUAUGUUUUGUAAAAUAAAAAACUUUGAUGUGA